UAUUUUUUCCGGUCCGUGCUGGAGAGGGGGAGGUGGGACAGCCCUCCCCUCCUCCUUCUGCAGCACAUGGGAAGCAAAAGUUUCUCUGCUGCUGCUUCUCCUCCUCCUGGUCCCCCUCUGCCGGGUCCCCCCGGUCCGGACCCCGCCGAGGUUCGCUGCUGAAGGAUGCGGCGCGGCUCGAACGGCGUUGGGCUGCGCUGCGCUCCGCUGGGCGAUGAGGAGUAAACCGCUUUUGGAGCAUCUUCCGCUUCUCCGAGGGCUGGGGAGGAGUGAAGGCGAGACUUGGAUCGAAUCUUGCAGAGAGUAACCUGAGGGAUCUGUGGAUUUCUGGAGCGAAGGAGCUGUUUGAGGGAGAAAAAAGAAUCAGAUGCUUUAGCAGCGCCAGGGAGGCAGCGCUGCGUCGCUUUGCUUCAGCCCCACUAUGGGCACGGGCAUGUGUUCGAGGAGGCAGAAGGGGCUCCUGCAGACCGGGUUUUGCCUGCUGGCCGUGGCGUGCCUGGGCUCGGGAGCUUUCCUGUACCACCACUUGCAGCAGAAGGUGAGGAGUGCCGAAGCCCUUGCUCAGAAAUACAAACAGCAGCAGGAAGCACUGUCUGCCCAGCUCCAAGUUGUGUAUGAGCACAGAUCCCGACUGGAGCGAUCCCUGCAGAAGGAGCGAGGGGAGCACAAGAAGACAAAGGAAGAUUUUUUAGUGUACAAAUUAGAAGCUCAGGAAGCUCUCAACAAGGAGAAGCAAGACUCUAUGAACAGAUAUGGGGCCCUCAGUUCCCAGCACAAGAUCCUGAAGAACCAGCAUGAAGAUGUCAAGAAGCAGCUGAUUGACCUGCAGCUACAGCACAAUAGCUUGAAACUCGAACAUCGUAAGACUCUGGAGGCCCAUAGCCAGAAGUAUGCCCAACUCCAGCAGGAGAAGGAUAGUGAAGUCACAAAUCUGCAAGAUACAGUCUUUAAACUCAGAGAAGAGAGCAAACUUCUUCGCAAGGCCCACCAAGAAGUUCACUCUCAGCUACUUAACGCCCAGACCCAGAUGGAAGAGUUCAGACAGCUCAAGGAAGCUCUGCAGAAGAUGCCAAGCUUCAAAGGAGGAGGAGGGAAGGGGCAGCAGCAGCUCCAGGUGCUGAAGGAGCAGCCUCUGGAUCCAGGCAACAGCCAACUGCAGCUCACGAGGCAGAAGGCUUUUCCAGUCAAUCCAGAGCAUCGCCCUGCAGGGAGCUCGCUGGCAUCGCAGCUCUCUGGGGUUCGGAAGCAGGCAGACAGUCCUGUGCUGCAGGGCCGGAGCUCCAACAGCAACGAUGGCCUCAGGUCCCAGGUGAACGUGGCCCUCACCCACCCGGCCCCUCUGCAAGAUGCCAAUUCACCACCAGAGGCUCCGCCUGCCUGGCCAGCAGGACACGGGGAUGCUCGCAUCAUCCGAUUCACCCGAACUGUGAACAGCCUGCCGAAUGGAAGCCCAGACGUGAACAUGGUGAUGCGCAUUCAGGUGAGCAGCCAUGAGGAAAGCCAAGCUCCUGGAUUGUUACUGUCUGAUCUGAAACAACCUUCUGCUGCUGAGAAAACCCAGGUGCCAGACAACCACCACUCAACAGGGAGCAAACCAGUACAAAUGCAGAGCUGGAAGGACAUAGUCAGCAAAGUGAAUGCCCAGAUGGAUGAUGUGCACAGUUAUCCCAAGAGCCUUCACCUCAACUCCAGGCCUGGGCAAGAGGCUCAGAAGGGAAGCUCACAGCCAUCCAGUCAGAAGAGAGGGGCAGAGAAACAAAUGGGCGAUCAGGAAGGCGAGAGGGAAAGGAUGGAUAACGAAGAGCUUGAAAUGGAUGCAGGAAUGAUUGAGAGGGAGAACUUGCAUUCUCAGAAAGAGACUGUUGUUCAGGAGCCUAUGAUGCCAGAUGAUGCUGCAGAUCCUGCUCAGGAUCCCAAUAACCAGGGUGAGGAUGAGUUUGAGGAAGCUGAGCUGGAGAGACCCGACUUUGAAGAGAAGGUGGGAGGCUUGGAGAAGUUCAGGGAACCCAGUGCGAAAGAAGAGUCCAAGGAGAAGCCACUGAAGGAUGCUGGCAGACCUGUCAAGCCCAAGGAGGACCCAAUGGAUGACUAUCAAGAUCAGGAUCAAGAAAUUGAGGACCAUGGUGGUGAGGUGGGUGACAAUGAUGACCUCGAACUUGUCCAAGAGCAGAAGAACCAUGCAGGCAUCCAGGGAGCUGAUGGCAAGAAGGAUGACUACUACUGAGAGAUGCUGAAGAUGGAUGCAGUGGGAAUGAGAGGAGAGGAACUCCUCCCAGGAACUGGAUGCUGUACUGUGCACAGCCCAGAACAAAGGCAGGAGGAGAUGGCUGCCUUGGCAGGCACUGAGCAUGGUGUUUGCAGGUAUGCAUCAUAUCUACGUGCGUGGGGCCACUGCCGCCUCUCUGGUGCAUGGCAUGGAAGUGCCCUCAGACUGUCUGAAUGACUUUAUAUUGCUGCUUCUAAAAGAAGCACCUGUUGAUUGAUCAAGUUCUUGACCCUCUUAUUUUCCUCAUCCAUUCCCUAGAUUGAGAGUUGGUUGUUUUUUUUUGCUGGCUGGGCAGGGGAGGGGUGCAGGGCUACAAAAGGAGGGUGUCUGAGCUGAUCCCUGGAGUUAAUCAACUGAUGGCUAAUACAAAGGAAUCUGUCUUAUAAAA